AAUAACAGGGAUAAGUCAUACAAUAUUGACUGAGCCUCUUACCUGUCUCCAUAGUUGUUGCAGUUACAGCAUUACUGACUGGACCACUGCCAGCUGCAUUGAAGACUGUCACAGUAAUGGUGUACCUAUUCCCUGGCUCUAGUCCAGUUAUUCUGUAUGAACCACUAAAACCUUGAUUCACAGCAAAACUUCGCUGAUUCCUAUUGGAACAUCCAAUUGACAUGUCUCUUUCCCAUUGGACAAUAAAGCCAGUCACCACUGAGCCAGUGGGAACACUACCAGUGAUGGUUAUAGUAGUGUCAGUGACUGAAGAUUCUUGCAGAGAUGGAGCUGGAAAUGGAACUGAACAUCAGCUCUAUGAACACUUUCACUUAAAAUCGUUGAUGUGGCUCUUAUAGUAAUGGUAUAGGUCUCUCCAUUA